UCACCUCUUCGGCGACCUCGUCGGGCCUCCUCGUUCGUGGCGGCGUCCGCCCAGCCCCCGCUGCCGGGCCAAUGCCCCCCGCCGUGCGAGUGCUCGGAAGCGGCGCGCACCGUCAAGUGUGUUAACCGCAACCUGACGGAGGUGCCUGCGGACCUGCCCCCUUACGUGCGCAACCUCUUCCUCACCGGCAACCAGCUGGCCGUGCUCCCCGCCGGCGCGUUCUCCCGCCUCCCGCCGCUGGCCGAGCUGGCCGCGCUCAACCUCAGCGGCAGCCGCCUGGAGGAGGUGCGCGCCGGCGCCUUCGAGCAUCUGCCCAGCCUGCGCCAGCUCGACCUCAGCCACAACCCGCUGGCCUCUCUCAGCCCCUUCGCCUUCUCGGGCAGCAACGCCAGCGUCUCGCCCCCCAGCCCCCUGGUGGAACUGAUCCUGAACCACAUCCUGCCCCCUGAUGACGACGAGCGGCACAACCGGAGCUUCGAGGGGAUGGUGGCGGCCGCCCUGCGAGCUGGCCAGGCGCUGCGCGGGCUCCGCCGCCUGGAGCUGACCAGCAACUGCUUUGCCUACCUGCCCCACGAUGUGCUGGCCCAGCUGCCGAGCCUCAGGCACCUGGACCUGCGCAACAACUCGCUGGUGAGCCUGACUUAUGUGUCCUUCCGCAACCUGACACACCUAGAAAGCCUCCACCUGGAAGACAACGCCCUCAAGGCCCUUCACAACGGCACCCUGGCGGAGUUGCAAGGCCUACCCCAAGUCAGGGUCUUCCUGGACAACAAUCCCUGGGUCUGCGACUGCCACAUGGUGGACAUGGUGACCUGGCUCAAGGAGACAGAGAUAGUGCAGGGAAAAGCCGGGCUCACCUGUGCGUUCCCGGAAAAAAUGAGGAAUCGGGUCCUCCUGGAACUCAACAGCUCCGACCUGGACUGUGAUCCUAUCCUCCCUCCAUCCCUGCAGACUUCUUAUGUCUUCCUAGGUAUUGUUUUAGCCCUGAUAGGUGCCAUUUUCCUACUGGUUUUGUAUUUGAACCGUAAGGGGAUAAAAAAGUGGAUGCAUAACAUCAGAGAUGCCUGCAGGGAUCACAUGGAAGGUUAUCAUUACAGAUAUGAAAUCAAUGCGGACCCCAGGUUAACAAACCUCAGUUCUAAUUCGGAUGUCUGAGAAACAUUCGAGGCCAGAACAAGGACAAACUAUGCAUGAGAUGUAGACUUAAUUAAGCUUUAUCCUGUCCUAGGCUUGCUCCACCUCCACCCUCCACUGUAGAUACCACUGGCCUUGACUGAAAGCAGUGAAGGGGAUUUGCUCCUUUGUCAUGUAAGGUGUCUAGGUGUGGUCCAUUAAUGUAAGAUGAUGAUGAACAAUUUCAUAGUCUUUAACCCUCUUCCCUUUCUUGGAACUCAACAUGUAUGGAGGGACUUCUCAAGUUUCAGCAUGAACAUGGACUCCUGGCUGUCUGUUUCUUUUAGUACAAUGUGUAACAAGUGUACCAAUACAGAUAGCAUUCAACAAAAGCUGCCUCAACUUUUUCAGAAAAAUAUUCUAUUCAUAAGUAUCAGUUUUAUUCUCAUGUACCUAAAUUGUGAAGAAAAUGAUUGCAUUCCAUAAACUGCCUGCAGACCUUAGCAAGCUCUUCAAAGUAACUCCAUAGUACACAGGAGCACCUGCAUCCGAGAGCAUGCUUAUAUUUUACUGUUCUGCAUAUUCCAAAAAAUAACUUGCAACUUCAGAUAACUUCUUUGAGAAAGUAAAUUACUUUUUUGAUUGCAGUUUAUAUGAAACUAUAUGCAAGUUGUUUUACAAACUGCAUCGAGAUCCAACAGGCUAAAUUGUUAAAAAAAAAUUCAAUAAAGAUUCUUAAAAGAA